UGAAAAUAAGACCAUGUCAACCUAUUCAAAGUCACCGAACUAUUAUGACUUUCACUGCCACCUCAAUUGGAAAAGUCUCCCUGUCUACGUGGAGCUUAGUUAGUGACACAUUUGCUGAUGUCAUAACCCCCAAACUGGUCCCACCACCUUCUUUGAGUCGUUCCUCCUCUCUUCUUCUCCAAGCCUUCAACUUUUCAAAUAAUAAUACCUCUCUAUAAACUUCACAUUCUUCUCCUCAUAACUAACUUCAAUUUUAAAAAUAAAAACUUUACUGUGCUUUUGUAUUUCCAAAAGCAUGAAGCAACCAUCUUUACCAAUUGCUGUCCUGUUUCUGUUACUAACCAUGUCGGAGCUAGCUUCUGGUCAACCGAGCCAAUCCGACCCAAACAACCGGUAUGACUACGGCGGCAGGUUAAGUCCCGUCAUGGCUGUUGUCGUGGUGGUCGUGAUCGCUCUUCUCUUCUUCAUGGGCUUCUUCACCAUCUACCUCCGUCACUGCACUAGCGCAUCCGACGGCGGCAGCGUUAACCCACGUGUAGGAGCGAGGAGAGUGAUAAACGCGACGGUAGCGCGUGGGCUAGACGCGGAGAUGCUCGAGACGUUCCCGACUUUCGUUUACUCUGAAGUUAAGACGCAGAUGAUAGGUAAAGGCGCGUUGGAGUGUGCGAUAUGUCUGAACGAGUUCGAGGACGACGAAACGCUGCGUUUGCUGCCUAAGUGCGAUCACGUGUUCCACCCUCACUGCAUCGACGCGUGGCUGAAGAGUCACGUGACUUGUCCGGUUUGCCGGACCAAUCUCGCUGAGCAAGAGCAGACAACAGCUGGGCCGGUCGAACCGGAAGUGGUUACCGAAAUUGAUCUCGAGUCCCAGCAAACGGUGGUUCCUGAACCGGCGGUGGAAGACGGGAGUGUGGCACGUGUCAAGCUCCCGAGGUCGCACACGACGGGGCAUUCGGUGGUGUUGCCUGGAGAAUGUACCGAGCGGUUUACGUUAAGGUUACCGGAAGAUUUAAGGAAGAAGAUAAUGGCGAAUUGGAAGAUGAACCGGUCGAAUAGUCUUUUGGUUCGAUCGAGGAGUGGUAAACCGGUUGAACGGUCAAGGGCUCGGUCGGACCGGUGGUUGUUCAUCAAAACACCGUCGUUUUUGUGGAGGAGCAGGGACGAUGGUUCGAUUAGGCUAGGUGGUAACGGUAGUGUCAAAGCAAAUGCAGUAACAAGUCCAACCGGUGAUUCGGUACGAGCAGAACGAUGGAAUUUUCUUAGAAACCCGUCUUUUAUGUGGAGGGGUACGCCGGUUCCUUCGCCGAGAGUUGAAGUUAAUAAAGACGGUGAAGGAACAUCAUCGGUUCAAGGUCAACAUACGGGUACAGUUGGUUUAUCUAGUGGUUCCGUUAGAUUACCGGUUUAGGUGGCUUCUGUCGUAUUCUAUCAAAAAAAAGUUUGUGUUGUUCAUACAAAAGAUUUUACGCAAUUCUUUUAUUUUCUUUUUCCUUUUUUGAUGUAAGAUAUUUAAUGUCAAUCCCAUGGACAAGGAGAUUGUAUUGUUUUA